AUUUCUUUCUCUUGUUGACGUCGACGUCAACGAGUUCUGGCUCGAAAUGUCCCUGAUUGUUACAAUAUUUUGUCUAGUCUUUUUCGCAGAGCUCAUCUCAUGGAUUGGUAAAUCAGUCCUGAUUGGAUGGUUCUACGUUCUCUAUCUCCGUAUCUUCUAUCCAACGCUUGCUGAAAAGCAGAAGAAGCUCAAAGUUGAUAUUCUGAACACCAAAACAGAGCUUUUGAAGACAAGUGCGCAAGAUCAGUUUGCCAAAUGGGCCAAAUUGAGAAGGAGUGUGGACAAGGGACUGGCAGAUCUCGAGAAACUUAACAGUGAUAUUUCCUCGGUGAAGACCUCGUUCUCGGUCAAAUUCAGCACGGGCAUUUGGAUAUGCACCACAGGCGCCCAAUUUGUCAUCGGAUGGUGGUACAGAAAAGCCGCCAUCUUCUACCUUCCACCAGGAUGGUUCGGACCUCUGGCGUGGGUCUUAGCUUUCCCAUUUGCGCCAAAGGGCGCUGUGAGUGUUGGAAUGUGGCAGAUGGCUUGUAGAAGAGUGAUUAAAAUUGGAGAACGGGCAGCGAAGGAACUUGUUGCCUCGUAUACCGCAAUGGGACCGGCAUCUGUAACUGAGAAGAAUGCAUCAUAAUAUAUCCAUGUGUUUCUAACCACUGUAAAUGGAGCGCUCUAAACAUGUUAUUUGACAUUUCGGAACUACGGACAACCGAUAUUGGUGGUAGAACGGUAAAGAACAGCUGUAUUCGGAAUAUUGUUGAACACAGAAGCCCAGUGAGCCGCCGGCUGAUUUAUUUUUCCAUUUUUUCUCGG